UUUACCACGAAGAAGAAAAAAACGCUGCUGCUUUUUUUUGGCCGCGUUGAGCUUCCGUAGUACAAGAAAGUGUUUCCAUAGCGACCAUCUACGGAGAAGACGAAGCUAGCUCACGAGCAGCUGCGACAGGACUUUUCGCUUCAGCUGAACCUUCGAAGCAGUCAGGCCUCAUGUUUGUGGGCUGCAUUGGUCAGUAGCUUCCUCUGUGUUGUCAUCUCUCAUCCUCACUUCACUUGUGUCCAGUGGAGGAACCACCACAGCUUCUGUUGCUGCAACAUCACCAGGAUGUCCUUCAGAGAAUUGAGAAAUUUCACUGAGAUGAUGAGGGCCUUGGGAUAUCCCAGGUUGAUAUCCGUGCAGAACUUUAGAACGCCAAACUUCACCUUGGUGGCAGAGAUAUUGAUAUGGCUCAUAAAAAGAUAUGAGCCCCACAUGGAUAUUCCCACUGAUGUGGAUACAGAGUCAGACAGGGUGUUCUUCAUUAAGGCUGUGGCCCAGUUUAUGGCAACGAAGGCUCAUAUAAAACUCAACAUGAAGCACCUCUACCAGGCUGAUGGCUACGCGGUGAAAGAGCUGCUGAAGAUCACCUCGGUGCUGUACAACGCUAUGAAGACUAAGCAGAUGGCCUUUGGAGAAAUAGUUGAGGAGGAUAACAACAAGUUCAAGUUUGACCUCGGAUCACGGAUUUCUGAUCUUAAAGCAGCUCGACAGUUGGCAUCCGAGGUCACUUCUAAAGGAGCAUCUCUGUAUGAUUUACUGGGAAAAGAGGUAGAACUGAGGGAAAUGAGAACUGCGGCCAUUGCCAGACCUCUGGAGGUCAAUGAGACAGAGAAGGCCCUGAGAGCUGCCAUCAAGGAGGUUUUGGAAAGUGUAGAGAAGACCAAAGAGAUGCUGAGAAAUGUCGGAUCGGAUGUGACCACUCUGGACGCCAAAAUAGAGAAGAAGAAGCAGGAACUGGAGAGGAAUCGAAAGAGACUCCAGACGCUUCAGAGUGUCAGGCCAGCAUUCAUGGAUGAAUAUGAGAAGAUAGAGGAGGAGCUGCAAAAGACGUACGUCAUCUAUGUGGAGAAGUUCAGGAACCUCAGCUUUCUGGAGGCUCAGCUGGAUGAGUACCACAGACUGGAGCAGGAGAGGUUUGAGGAGGCUGAAAACAACAUGAGGAUUAUGCAGCACAAACUGAGGGAGGAGGAGAGAGAUUUGAUGAGGAGCUCCCUGAAAGAUGAGGAUUCUGACAUGGACGUCCCAGAAGAUGACGGCUCAGACAGUGACAUAGAAGAGAGUCGACCCUCAAAGCCCCGGCCCACACGUAACGGCAUCAUGGCAGGAUCAGGAGCUCGUUUCAUCGGGACCAUGCAGGGGGACAGCGACGAGACCGAGGACAGCGAGAUCGACGUGGACGAGGAUGAUGAAGAAGACGAGGAGGGCGAAGGGGAAGAGGAAAGCAAGGAUUUGGAGGAUGACAGUUUGGAGGAUCCAGUGUCCAAGGGUUCUCACACCUCCAGGGGGGCUGUGAGACCCCCUCUGUUGGAGGAGAGUGACAAUGACUUCUGAAUUAUGAACACACUAAUGUUCUAGCUGUUUCUACAUUCCAGCUGAAAUUACAAUAUCUCAUUUCUUCUCAGGAUUAUACAUUAUUAUUGCAACAUAAACUUCAUAUUUUUUCAUAUUUAUGAAAACUGGUUUGCCUAAUAAAAUAUCAACAAUUUCA